UGAUUGUGACAAGCAUCUGACUGUAAGACAUUCAAUAUUUAAAUUAAAAAGUCAUUUGCAAAAAAUACAGAUGCAGCCUCUGAAAAAUUAUUUGUUUUAUCAUUUAUGAAAAACGAGAAUGUUACAGACACACAAUGGUCAUCCGCUCCAAUAGCCAUUGUAGGAAGCAACAGGAGAAGAUUGAAGAUUUUUCCACAAAGGAAAAAGAUAAUCAAGACAUAACAAGCAAAGGAACUUCUUCUCAUCACAUCCAUGAGCCGGAGAUGCGAACUACCCUUCCGAAAAAGCUAACAAAAGAUGGUAAUGAAAAUCGCAUAAGUGCUAGAGCGAGAGAAAACAGGAAUACAAACCAGGUCUAUAGUGGUGGCAGUUGUUGGAAUGAGCUUAGUCGGGUACCGCUGAUUGAAGAUGUAUCUUAUGGGCAAUGAGGCACAAAUCUUAGUGUGUUGCCAACACUGAAGUGCAACCAAGUGUGGGCAAGUGCCUACCCUGAGCUUCAGCACUUAAUUGGGGUCAUUUGUUGUUGCAAUGUAACAAUAGCUGCUUGGGAUCUGCAUUAAUUGUUUUUUCAUUUCUUUCUUGUUUUUAUAUGUAUAUUUUCACAUUUCAGAUCUUCAAAUUAGGAUUGGAUCAUAAAAUUUAUGUUUUAAAUGUUGAACUCAUCGUCUAUGCACCUACUUAAUGAUUUAUUUUAGAUUUUUUCAUUGAAAUAUACCUAUUUUUUAAAUAAUUCAAUUAUUUGUUGUAGACAAGAGAAAGUUUUUUGCUUCAACGUAUUAAGGUUUACUUUUCUUUCUGCCUUCGAUGUCUUUUAUUUAUAAUUUGAAACUUUACAAAAGUUUUCCUUCCUCAUUUUACACGUUUUUAAAACUUUACAAAAAACUCUUCAAAAAUUAUCUACCUAACCUAAUUUACUAUACUUUACAAAAGUCUUCUAAAAAGACAAAAAUCAUAAAUACUUCUAGCUUUGUACCACUAUCUUUUGCCUCAUGCAAUUAUAUAUGAUAACUCGCUUCCUUGCAUCAAGGAGCGUCCUCCCCCACCCCCACCCCCACCCCCACCCCCUCCACCUUUAAGCCACCUACUUGGAAAGUUCUCAUUUUUCUGUUUGUCU